GUAAGCCUAGGUAUAUAUAGGUGUAUGAUCACCUAGUUUAUGGUCCUCAGAUACUUAAUUAAUUAGUGCUAAUAAUUGAUCUAAGCAGAAUCAGUGGUACCACUAGAUACUUUUAUGAGCUAUAUAUAUCUGUUUCACAAUUGAAGCUUGUGGAGUAUUCUAGUUCAAAGAGGAAGCACCAACAAGAUGCAGAAGAAAACGUUUGAUAGAAUAAAACCAUUUCUUGCAGUUGUAUUCUUGCAAUUUGGGUUUGCAGGGAUGGAUGUCCUUUCUAAGGCUGCACUAAACCAUGGGAUGAGCAAUUACGUACUUGUUGUCUAUCGCCAUGUGGUUGCUACUCUUGUCAUUGCCCCUUUUGCAGUGAUUCUUGACAAGAAAGUAAGGCCAAAGAUGACAGUUCCUAUCUUCACCAAACUAAUUGUGCUUAGCUUACUAGAGCCAGUCAUUGACCAGAACUUGUACUUUCUGGGAAUGAAGUACACAACAGCAACGUUUGCAGCAGCUUUAACCAAUGUUCUUCCAGCCAUUACUUUCCUAAUGGCUUGGUUGCUUAGGCUUGAGAAGGUAAAAUUAAAGAGUAUCCGAAGCCAAGCUAAAGUGGUCGGGACUCUAGCAACGGUAGCGGGAGCCAUGGUCAUAACACUGGUAAAAGGCCCAGUUCUUGACUUGAUUUGGACUAAAGGAAAAACAAACCAUGACCAGCAAAACAAUGGGACCAAUAUUCAUCAUUCGAUUACGGGUGCCAUAAUGAUAACAAUGGGCUGCUUCAGCUGGGCUUGUUUUGUUAAUCUGCAAGCCAUCACACUAAAAACAUACCCUGCUGAGCUUUCCCUAACAGCUUGGAUAUGCCUGUUAGGCUCACUCGAAGGCACCAUAGUGGCACUAGUGAUGGAGAGGGGAAAAGCUGCAAUCUGGGCGAUCAGUUGGGACGUUAAACUAUUUGCAGCUCUCUACAGUGGCAUAAUCUGUUCGGGACUGACAUAUUACAUUCAAGGGGUUGUGAUGCAAGACAGAGGCCCUGUAUUUGUAACAGCUUUUAAUCCCCUAUGCAUGGUUAUUGUUGCUAUCAUGGGCUCAUUCGUUUUGGCUGAGCAACUGUAUCUUGGAAGGAUACUAGGUGCGAUUAUCAUAGUUGCAGGAUUAUAUCUUGUGGUGUGGGGUAAAAGCAAAGAUUACAAGUCCUCAACUUCAUUGAUCGAUGAGAAAACAGCACCAGAUAAGCAAAUAAUACAAGCAGGUAGCACUGGAAACAAAGAAUCCAAUCAUGAAUCAACAGAAAAAAAUUCAAUCACUAUUGACGUGUCUGGUUGAGAAAUUGUAACUAGAGAUGAACAAGUUCAUGAGCAAAGGAGUCCAAUCACUGUCUAGGGUAUGACUCCAAGCCAGGCCUAGGUGCUAACUCUUAGGUCAUAUCCCUUUAUUUUAUUGUUGUUUCAGUUUUGUUCUGGUUGUACUGCGUCAAAAGGUUUUCUAUUUGUAUGUGAACUGGUCUCUAAUUAUGUCAAGGAAAAUGACAAUUGACUUGAAAAUAUAAUGAAUCAGAGAUAGCACUUGAGUUAAUAUGGUGGAAUGAAGAUCAGAUGAUUCUCUACAAGAGAAUGUCAUGAUUCAGGACAUAUGCAGUAGUGUCUGAUCAGCACCAGUUUCCCACAUUAAUUAAGUGAUCAGGAACUGAAUCUACUCCGAUGUCGAGUAUCACCUAGCAUAUUCUCCCAGGAUAUUAAUUUGGCAGGUGAAGCAUUGGGCCCAGCAUUUCCUUCAUCUUGCACCAUGAAAUACAUUCUUUUGGGCUCUCAUCUUCCUAAGAUCCUAAAACAAAGCCAUAAUGCCUUCUUGGGCUCUCUUCUUCCUAAAACCCUUAGACACAACCAUAAUGCUUCUCACUAAUAUAUCAGAUGGUCUUUGUUUAUUAACAAUGCAGAAACACCAAAUUGUGUAAUUAAAUGCCAUAAGACAAUUUACCCAGCAAAAAAAAAAAGUUCCAUAAGACAGUUUAAUGGCGCUAAAUAAUAUAGACUUAAGUAGAUGGAGUCUUAGCACCAUAUCUCUUCAAUACAAUUUAGAUUUAAAAAAAAAAAAAAAAAAAAA